CUGUUUUCAAACGAGUUAUGUAUGCUUCUUCAGAGAAUCCAGGAUAAAUCUACUUAUGAGGUCCCCUCAAAUCUAAGGGACUUUCAUGAGGUAAUGAUGCUUGCCAGGAAGCAAGCUUGUGCUGCGACAGAAAAUGUGAUAUGUGCUUUUGAGAGCGUAAGUUCGAUCGGAAAGCAUUUCAUCGGAGUCAUCAACCGGCUCCAAGCAUCGGCAACAAGAUUCUUGAUGCUCAACGAGUCGCGCCAGUCUUUUGAUUCCGCAGGGAAUAACAUUUACGAGCAGCAUCUUUGUGAGUGUCUUACAGGCUGUGAAGAUUUGCAGCAGGACAUCUUGCUUUUCAAGGACGUCAUAUCACAAAGCGAAGAACUCAUGGCGGAUAACACCCGACAUAUCUCUACCAGCAUGCGCAACACAAUAGUGUAUUCGAAAAAAAUAAAGGACACUUUUGCUGAGAUAUACAAGAAUGACGAAUCUUCGUGGCAACACAUACAGGCAGUCAUUAGUGCUAGUGAAGCAUACAAAAAGUGCACCAGUUUCCUUACCGAAAUGACACCUGAGCGAUUGUUUCGUUUUCUCAAACAUGAUUUUGCCAAGUUGCAAGCGGACGUCAAGAACAUCGAUCAAAUAUGUGGGCUUUUGCUAGAUCAGACGCGAAAGACUCUCACGAAUUCACAAAGUAUAUAGAUUAACAGUAAUAAAAUUUUGACAGAGUUAGGGAUGG